AUGCAGCCUAUUGUGUGGUUCAUCGCUGGGGCUGUUGUCCUGCUGGCUCUUUUCGUUCGAGCGGCCUCGACCUAUGGACACCGCACAUCGAAUAUGCCGCACGGCCCUCCCACUGUACCAUUUAUUGGAAAUGCACACCAGAUACCCAAAUCGUACACGCAUAUAAAACUCACCGAAUGGGCCCGUAAAUAUGGCGGUCUAUACAUGCUCAAAGUGGGAAAUAGCAACAUGGCUGUUGUCACUGAUAGACGAAUUGUCAAAGAAGUCAUUGAUAGCAAAAGUGCUCUCUAUAGCCACCGACCCCACUCCUAUGUCUCUCACGAGCUCAUCACCAAGGGCGAUCAUCUGCUCGUGAUGCAUUAUGGACCACAGUGGCGGACGUUCCGUCGCCUGGUGCAUCAGCAUUUGAUGGAGUCAAUGGUGGAGAGCACGCAUUUGCGCAUUGUCAAUGCCGAAGCGAUUCAGCUUGUCAGGGACUACAUGCUUGAUCCGGGUCAUCAUAUGGCUCAUCCAAAGCGGUAUAGCAACAGCAUCACCAACUCAAUUGUGUUCGGAAUCCGUACUGCCGAUCGCCAUGGCAAGAACAUGAACCGACUCUACAAACUCAUGGAACAGUGGUCUGAGAUCAUGGAAACCGGCGCUACACCCCCGGUGGAUAUCUUUCCUUGGUUGAAGAAUAUCCCCGAGCGAUUCUUCGGCAAUUAUGUGACCAAAGCAAGAGCCAUUGGAGUGCAGAUGGAAACCUUGUACGAAGGCAUCCUUCAAAAGGUAGAGAAACGUCGCGAAUCCAGUGCUGAUCUUGGAACUUUCAUGGACCGGGUGCUCUCGACGCAAGAUCGUAACGAGCUACCGCGGCAUCAAUUGGCAUUUAUCGGCGGUGUUUUGAUGGAGGGAGGAUCUGACACCAGCUCCAGCUUGACAUUGGCAAUCGUGCAGGCGUUGAUUCAGAACCCGGAUGUUCAACGCAAGGCGCAUGCCGAGAUCGAUGCUGUUGUCGGACAUGACAGAUCCCCAGUUUGGGACGACCUGGCGCGAUUGCCUUAUAUUAACAUGAUCGUGAAGGAGGGACAUCGAUGGCGUCCGAUUUUACCUCUCUGUUUUCCCCAUGCUCUAGGUGAAGACGACUGGAUCGAUGGCAAGUUCCUACCAAAAGGUACCGUCGUCGUGGUUAAUACCUGGGGUAUACACAUGGAUCCCAACCAAGAGCAUGACCCAGCGGCAUUUAUCCCUGAACGAUUCGCCAACCACCCUUCUCUGGCCCCGGAGUAUGUCCCCGCCAAGUGGGAGAGUCGUGAUCACUACGGCUACGGGGUAAGUCGACGGAUCUGCCCCGGCAUUCACUUGGCCGAGCGUAACAUGUUCCUCGCGAUCGCGAAGCUCUUGUGGGCGUUCGAGUUUAAAGCAAGUGAUGAAGGCGAGAUUGAUAGUGAUCCUGUGACGGGAUAUCAGCACGGCUUCUUGUAUUGCGCAAAGCCGUAUGGAUGUAUUCCUGUGGUUAGAUCUGAAGCUAUUCGGCAGACUGUCGAGAGUGAGUUUGUUGUUGCUCAGCGGGAGGUGUUUUCGAAUUUCACGGAGGGCUAG